GCUUAAAAGAAGGAUAAAGGCCUUGAACACCUAUCACAGGAAAACUAUUUACCGCCACUUUCUGAUCAGAGAACCAAACAUGAGAUUUCUACUGUUUUUCUUCGCAGUGCUGGCGUAUGCCAAGGCCCAGACCACCACUGAGCAACCAAACUGCUCAGGUCCCUCGGACUGCGGGGAAGCAGAAUGCUGCGUCCAUUCGGACUUCAUCGGGAAGCGGUUCAUCUUUAACGACCUUUUCGGUGGACACAAGGGCGAGUGCCAGCUUAUGAGGACAUUGGGUCAGUCCUGCCACAUUUCCGACCUCCACGACGUCUUCAACAGGGACAUGUUUGAGUUUAGCUGCCCAUGCCAAGCAGGUCUGGAGUGUCGAGGGGAAACCAUAGAAGAGAAUGGCGGGUCAGUCAUCCACCAUAACCCGAAGUGCCAGUUGCCCGCUGGCAAAACCACUCCAGCGUCAUAGAUAGCUAUAAUAUGUAAGAGAAUGCAGAUUGUGGUAAAGUGUUCAUUGCAGAGCAAACACAUCUGAAAGUAAACGCCCUUAUGUUGUUGUACACGGCAUUGAAGCAAAAUAUUUUUGUCAGUUCUAAUUUGAUUUAAUUUAAGUUCACAAACAUAAAAUAUACUACGAAAUAAGUGUAUCAGUUGAACAAAAGUUUUAUUUUGUUACAAUUCAAACGGAAAAGCACUAAGUCUAACAUCGUAACUGUAAUGUUUUCUCUGAUUGAUUAAAAUCAAUUUAUCGAGGCUGCUG